AUGACAGAAGAAGAUUACAAGAAGAUCGUAUCAUUUGCAAUCUUUCCACCUAUUAAUGUUGCACGAGUUGGAAAUUCCGACGAUUAUUAUGUGGUAUCUGAAAUCCCUGGAGUGUUUGUCGGAGGUAAAGCUAAAAAAAUCGAAGUUAUUGAGGGUGAUCCUUCUUUCAAAUUUAAAGAUGAAAAGCAACGUGUAAGACCACAAGCCGCAAGAUUCAGAAUCUAUGGUUACGACGAAAAUGGCAAUGUUGUGCGAGAAAUUAAGCUUACAGACAAAAAUAAUUCUGUGGAUGUGAAUAUUAAUUGGAACGUUGUGCUUGCUAAUAAGAAGGCAGCACACACGCAAUUCGUUGGUAUCAAGACUUAUGAUCCUGAAGGCCCUAAGAGAAAUGAAAAAUGGCCACAUGAUCGUUCUACAUUGAUGGCUAUUAGCGAACAGAGUUUAUCUUCCGAUGAUUUUAAAAAUACAAAACUUCCGACAAAAGAAUUCAAGGCGCGAGUUUAUCGCACUAAUGAUCCUAACAGCGGGCAGGAAUUAUACUUGGGAAAGAUGAUACUAGAGCAAGAAGGAAGUUUGAUAAUUGUUGGUGGAAAGGGAAAGUCUGGAAGUGUUAAAGAAGGUGCCUAUAUAACUGAGUACGCAAACAACGAUUAUUGGUAUGAUGAUACUUCUGAUGGAUCAAUAGAUGCUACUGUUACCAUCACCAUUAACGAACAAUCCAAGGAACUCAAGAAUAGAGAGGACAAAUCAUGGGUUCUCGUGGCACCUCCGAAAUAUGCGCCGGGUAUUCCAAAUAUCGUGUCGUUGUACCAGGUUAUUUUGGAAACGCAGCAUCCACCAGAUGCUGCUGAAAAUAUAGAGGUGGAAUAUUAUCGUGAUAUACGCCCAAUUUUUGAAGCGAUCUGCAGAAUCUCUUGGGUUAAUAAGAAGGCUUUCAUUGGUCACGGAAUCUACAAGCCAGGUCACUUUUUAAAUCCAGACAUGGAAAAACGUCUGAAAGAUAAUUCGAAACUGGAGGAAGGCUUGAGGAAAGGUAUUUUAGGCCGAGUCCGAAUACCAAAAGACAUCGCAUCCGAAGCUGAAUACUACGGUCAAGCUUAUGAUUACUUUAUGCCAAUUUUGUCUGGUAAUGAUGGAGAUGUUAGACCUGGUGAUCCGGAUAAAUAUUUGUCCGUUACUGGUGGACAAUACCUCAACCUAUUAAAUUGGGCCAAAGGUUCUUUUCACGUAAAUGAACAAAACAAACCUGUCGAGUACUAUUAUCAGUUUGAUAGCAAUGGAACAGGCAGAUAUCCCAAGUAUAAAAAAAAGAUUGCGGGCAGAAGCAAUGAAAAAGAAGGUUACAAAGAGUUUGAAGAAAUUAUUACUAACGCUUCUCUUCAAGUUGAAUGUCUUAAAAAAGCUACUCUUGAAUGGUGCGUUGGAGGAGCAUUCUUCCCUGGAAUUGAAAUGACUUUUAUUGCUUACGAUAAGGAUAACUUUAAAUUUGACUUUAGAAUUAAUUCCAAUGCCUUCAAGCCCGGAGAUAUUAAUGCUUACAUGGCUUUACCUUGGCAAGCCGAUUUUUAUGAAUGCAAUACUCAUUGGUGGCCAGCUCAAAGACCCGAUGAAGUUAUCACACAAAAGAAGCUGUUUGAAAUUAUGGGAAGAGAAGAUAAUAAAAUUCGUUUAAAUGACUUUAAAGAAUGGACUCGAGGAUUUAGAAACGACGAUGGUCCAAGAGGAGUUCCUAAAUGGGGUGAUAUGGAUAUGGUCAGAGCAUGGGAUAGGUUAGGAUUUAUCGUCGAGAAGGAAAUCGAUCAUGGUAUAAAAUUAUUUACUGAGAUCGAACAUGGUAACAUAUACAAAGAAACUGAUGUUAAAGAGAUAGUAAAACAUUCGGACCUAGAAGACUUAUACGAGCUCCUUCAACUCGCGUUAGAAAUUGAACUCACUACUAUCCCACCAUAUCUAUACGCUUUGUACUCGAUCAAAGGACACAAGGAUAUUGGUGGCAAAUUGAAACAUCUAAUUCGACAUGUUGCCGCAGAGGAAAUGUUGCAUGCAUCCCUUGUAGCAAAUCUUAUCGUUGCCAUCGGACGCAAGCCUGUAUUUUAUUCACGAGAAGCGAUUCCCGUCUACCCAAAUCCUUUGCCCCACGUUAAGGAAGGCGAAAUAAUGGUUCAUUUGUCAAAAGCAGAUGUAAAAACCAUAAAUACCUUUAUACAAAUUGAAGCACCAGACGAUUUAUCUCCACCUAAAAAACCGAGCAUUCCGUUAAAACGCUUAAGAAAACAAACUCCAGGUGAUGAUGUGGAUGUCUCGGAAGUCUCUGUUGACAGUAUAGGAGAUUUAUAUGACACAAUCAAAGAAUGUUUUAUUAACUUUAAUGAUGAAAUAAAGUAUGACACGACAUUUCAGCUUGGACCUGGUAUGGGCUACGCUCCAAGCACGGGCACAGGAAAAGAUGGAUUGACCAUCAUUGAUAAUUUAAUAGCUGCGGAGAAAGCUAUUGAUUUAAUUAAAGUUCAGGGAGAAGGAUCAAGAGCCGAAUCCGAAGCCUCCCAUUACCAAACAUUCCAAAAAUGUUUGCAUUUGAUCAAAAAUGCUUCUAGUGAGGAAUAUCAGUGCUGGCCUGUUAUUACCGAUCCAGCCAAGUAUUUAGAUAAAUUUCCCAAAGAUGUUCUAUGUAUUUCCAAAGCUUUUGAUGCCGCUUAUUGCUAUCUGAUGUUAUUGUUACAGAAUGUUUGGAUGUAUGACAAUACUGAAAAAAGAGACUUUGUGAUGGGAGGAUUGCCGGCAUUGAUGCAUGGUGUUUUGAAGCCUAUUGCGAUAAAACUUGCCGAAACCCCCAUUUCCGCGGCAUUACACGCGGGAGCCACAUUUGGCUAUUACGAAUUUACUGCUGAUAAGACCCCAAAACAGCAACUGCUUUGUGAAGUUUGCAAAGCCAAAUUGAAAGAAAUUGAGGAGGUGGUACAGAAGUUGCCCGAUGUGAAAUUGAUUUCCCAAUAA